AUGACAGACGCCGAGAAACUCGAACCUCCCAAGGUGGCUCCCAGCGAGGACCCAGGUGCCCGCGAGCUGGCCGAGGAGUCUGAAUCCGAAGACCAGUUCACCGACGCUCAAUCCGAUGCCGCGAGCUCGAUGCUCAACUCGCCGGUCCCCAAGACCCGGGUCGAGAGAGUCGAUGACCAGCCGUCAUAUGGCGAAGUCCCUGGAACUCCAGCAUACGCCCUGCGGGAACAAGAUGCCCAACCCGACGAGAUCGCGAUUGCCCCCGAAGAAACACCAUCUCGAGAUGCCUCGGUGACCCCUGAAAUCAAUGCUCCCACAACCAUUGUAGAGGAGGCCCCAGGGCCAAGAAGCCGCUCGCACUCGAUCCAGUACGAGGAGAGGCGCAGAGCAGACGCUUCCCCAGAUAUCGUCGUGGAUUCCGAUGGUCAGUCAAAAGAGGAAGAAGCGUCCGAGAAGCCCAUCACUGUAGCCGCGCCCGUACCAGCUGGUGACAGCGAUGACGAUGAAGAGGACGAUGAGGAGGAAGAUGGUGGUGAAGAUGAUUUUGGAGACGAUUUCGACGACUUUGAGGAGGGCAACGAAGAUGACGACUUUGAUGAUUUCGAGGACGGUUUCCAGCAAGCAGAAACUCCGGCACCUGCUCCUUCACAAGCAACUAUCCCACAACAACCUACGUUACCAUUCCCUAUACCCGACUUUGACGGACUUGAUCCCGAAGGAGUUAUAGCAACCCUGGAACCAUACCUCGCAGCCUUGUUCCCACCCGAGGAACUUGAUCUUCCCGCUUUCCCUUCCCUGUCUAAAGACUCAUCCGUCUUCUUCACACCUCGAUCCGCAUCUCUCUGGUCUCAACUUGUCGCUCCUCCACCUCUCGCACCCCCUGACUGGAUUCGCUCCCGCACACGGCGCCUCUUCCUCGUAUCACUCGGCGUCCCCGUGGACCUUGACGAGAUCCUACCAGCCUCCAAGCAAAAGAAGCUUGUCCUUCCAUCACUCAACGUUCGCACCGCAUCCCCACGCAACUCUAGCGAGUCCCGAUCAGUAUCUCGGUUACGGCAGGGCGAAGGUAACAACUCGUCUACAUCGGUCGAUACCCAAGGAAAGCCCUCGGCCUCAAAGAAGCGCAGAGGUCCUCCCCCACAACCUGAGCUGGAUCUCGUGGCUGCCCGGCAUCUGUGCAUGACGACAGACGAGGCACUCAACGGCAUGACUGACCAGGAACUCAAAGCCCACAUUGCCAAGCUACAAGGCUUAGAGGGAGCAGCAAAGGAGGCGCUGGAAUACUGGCAGAAGCGGACGGACGAAAAGAUUGGCGAUAGGGAAGCCUUUGAGGGGGUGAUAGAAAACCUGGUCAAGCACGCGCGCAAGGUACGGAAAUAG